AUGGACAUAGGCCCAACAAGAAACCCUAAAGAACCAUCAAAGCAGCCACCGCCCGCCGGCACUUUCUUGCUUGAGAAAUCAGAUUUGCUACUUAUGUCAGAUCUUCCAGGAGAUUUGGUAGAAGAGAUACUUUGUCGCGUUCCAGCCACAUCCCUGAGCCAAUUACGGUAUACAUGCAAACAAUGGAACAAUAUAUUCAACAACAGAACAUUCACAAGAAAACAUUCGGACAAAGCUGCAAAGCAGUUUCAGGUUCUCAUGUUGAAGCACAAUGAGGUUUGUAUGAUGAGCGUCAAUUUUUGUGGAGUUCCAUCUAUAGAGAUCAAAGGUGAAUAUGGCCUAACUAACCCUCAAGCUACCUUCGAGAUUUUUCAAGUCUCUCACUGCGAAGGUUUAUUGUUAUGCACCAACAGAAGAUACAGUAGAAUCGUGGUUUGGAACCCAUGUACUGGUGAAACCAACUGGCUCCGACCAAGAAAGAGAGGUUGGUCUUGUGUUCUUGGAUCUUACCAAGACAAGAACUAUGGUGGUAAUAGCUACAAAAUCUUGUCUUUUCCUGAUGGCAAAUACAAAAGAUUCGCAAUCUAUGAGAUUAACACUAAGGUAUGGAAGACUCUUGAUGUUACUUUGGACUGCAAAUUGGAAUGUUUUGACUAUGGCAAGUCUUUGAAGGGAAAGACUUACUGGUUUGCUUUUGAUAAAAAUGAGGAACAGCUUGGCAUGUUUUUAGUAAGUUUUGACUAUACAAGAGAAAUAUUCGAACGUUUGCUUCUUCCAUGUCUGUGUCGUUAUUAUGAGGCUUUUUCUGUAAGCGUUGUUAGAGAAGAGAAACUUUCUGUGUUAUUACAGAAUGGAGAUGCAUCAAAAACAGAGAUAUGGGUCACGAAUAAGAUUGAUAAUGACACCAAAGUUGUGUCGUGGAGCAAGUUCUUAACAGUGGAUUUGAAAGCUCAACUUUGUAUUGGGGGCUUCACGAAUUUCUUGGUCGAUGAGGAGAAGAAAUUUAUCGUGGUUUGUCAAUGUUCAUUAUUAGGUGAUUUCCCCAUCAAGCAGGUGGUAUACAUUGGAGGAGAAGACAAUAAAGUAAUUCAGGUGUAUUCUGGAUACACAUCGUCUUUGCAAUGUUUGUUCUAUUAUGUUCCAAGUUUGACUCAAAUCAGCUGUGUAAGUAAGUAAGUAGUCUGGUGGUGAACCCUUUGUGCCCUGAUGCCCUCCGAAAGAAGAUGUUCUUGGUCUUGGAAGUGCCCGCUCCAGCCUUUCUGAGGACGACGGGAAGACGAAGAAUAGUUGUCUAUUAGUUAUGAAUUGUUACAAUCCAUUAUCCUUAACGCAUUAUGCUAUCUUUAGGAUGUUACUAGGUCACCU